AUGAAGAUUACAAUAGUGAUAUUUUGCUUGGUUGGGGCGGUUUAUGCCAACCCAAUUCUGUACAAAGUUAUUUUGGAGCAGAGCGAACUGGAAUCAUCAAACAUGAAUCAAACGCAAAGUUCAUCCGCCUCACAAUCUCCGGAUCAAAGUGACACUUCAGAGCUCAAGAGCUCUGAAGAAAGUACCUCAGAGGACCAAAGUUCAGAGUCUGAGUCCGAAUCAUUGGAAUCCAAUUCAGAGUCUUCCGAGAGCCUUUCUUUGGAGAGUGAGAGCCAAUCACUGGAGGACAGGACUGACUCCAAUGCUAUUGGGGAUACAAGAGACAACAGCCAAGGCAGUGAAGAAAACGUUCGAAAGAAUUGGAUCCGAGUGUUUGCCGUCCGAGUCUUGAGUGCAGAGAACAACAGCAGCUCUGAGGUCAAAGGGCAGCUGGACCUACCCACUAAUCAGGGGGCAGUGAAACAGAGCACACUCUCUCCCACCGCCUUGACAACCAACCACAGCCAGCCUGGCGAUACAGUUCAGAGCAACGCAGCCUUGGCAUUGGUAGAGAGCUUCCUCAAAGCCUCUGGUUCUCUCAGUGAGACCAGUGUCAGCAUUGAUACCAGUGACGUCAGUACUGUUAACUUUGACAUAAGAGACACAAGUAACAUCAAUGAUACCAGCGAUAGUAGCGAAAGCAGUGAAAGUAGCGAGAGCAGUGACACUAGUGAGAGCAGUGAUAGCAGCAAUACCAGUGAAAGUAAAGAGAGUGAUACCAGUGAGAGUGAGGAGAGACACCAGAGCCAAGCUACAGACUGCCAGAAGGGUGUGCACAGCACUGCCUGUGACAGUGAGGAAUAUUUCUUCCAAGAUAUAGGUGACGAUGGUCGUUAUCCAAUGGAUGAUUUGCUCAUGCCUGAAGAGGAGCAUAUGGAGUUGAGUUUACGAAGAUAA